ACGUGCACGUGUGUAACCGGUCCCCGUUACUUUUCUCUUCAAUCACCACGCUUUUUCCGGUGCAUUUUUUUCUGUUGUUGUUGUUGUGAGCGUGCGUGUGUGGUACUGUGCCUGCGUCCGUACUGGGUGGUUUUCUAUUCGGUGUGUUGUUACGACGGGACAAACUGAACAACACAGCCGGGUCGACGAUGAAGUGAUAUGAAGUGAUGAGUGUGCGGACUGUUCACGGACAAAUGUACGAAAACUGUGUAACAUGAAUUCCAUUACAUGUAUUUUAAAAUGGGCCUGCUUGAUCAUUGGAUUUCUUUCAACCGCGGAUUCGAGUCCCAGGGUGCAAGCCCCGUCCCCCGAACUAUACGACGAGCUCAACGACGCUGAAAUCUACAGGGCGGUCGUCACAUCCAUGAACGAUUGGCAACGCAGGCAGGAUCUGAAGAAAAUCAACAACAGGCCGAAGCGUCAAGAGGAUGAUACUCGAGUCUGUUACGAGGAACUCGGCUGUUUCGAGGCGUCCGGACCGUUCGGUUAUCUGGACAUGUUGCCAAGCAGGCCCGACGAGAUCAGCACCAAGUUCCUGCUUUAUCCCGGAAAGAGCAGACGGAGAAGCGGCUCGCCACCUGCCGAGGUCUUCUACGAGAACAUGAAGGAGGCGUUCGAGUGGGCCAAGCAGGGAUUGAACGCCAGCCUUCCCACCAAAGUUCUGAUCCACGGUUUCGGAAGCGAUUGCGGAUACAUUUGGAUUUACGAGAUGAGAAGUGCUUUUCUCGGCGUGGAGGAAGUGAACGUGAUAUGCGUCGAUUGGGAAAAAGGCGCACUUCUACCCAACUAUGUAAAAGCGGCUGCCAAUACUCGAUUAGUAGGCAAACAGCUGGCUUUGCUCAUCAAAGGAUUGGUGGAAAACAACGGACUUUCACUCAGAAAUCUCCAUCUGAUCGGGUUUAGUCUUGGGGCACACAUUGCAGGAUUUGCGGGUGCCGAAUUGGGAAAUGUCAGCAGAAUCACAGGUUUGGACCCAGCCGGACCAUUGUUCGAAUCUCAGGAUCCAAGAGCCAGGUUGGACCAAAGCGAUGCUGCAUUCGUUGACGUAAUCCACAGUAAUGGAGAGAAAAUCAUCCUGGGGGGACUUGGGACGUCUCAACCCAUGGGACACGUAGAUUUCUAUCCUAACGGAGGUAGAGAACAGAGUGGCUGCAGCCAUCUUUUUGUUGGAGCUGUCAGCGACAUUAUUUGGUCAUCAACGGUUGAAGGAAGAUCUUUGUGUAAUCACAGGAGGGCAUACAAGUUCUUCAUAGAUUCCAUAUCUCCACGUUGUCACUUUCCAGCUUUCCCAUGCGAUUCUUAUGAUGAGUUUUUGGCUGGGAAAUGUUUUCCAUGCACGGAAGAAAGGAAAUGUGGCAACAUGGGCUACUAUGCUGACCGUUCAAAGGGCCGGGGACAACUCUUCCUGUUGACAAGAGAUGAAGAACCAUUCUGUGCUCAUCAAUAUCACGUUAAAAUUGAAUCGUCACCAAGUCCAAUCCUAAUUAAAAGCUACGGUAAAAUCCAGAUAACUCUAAUUGGAGACACUCUCCUAAACGAAACUUUUAUGAUGACAAGAAAAGAAGAUGAAGAAAUGAGACUUGGAGAAUCAAUUUCUCGGAUGUUGGUACCACAUCCGAUUCUCUCCCAACCUACGAGAGUACAAAUAUUGUAUACAGCUUAUCGAGGUUGGCUUUCGUCAGGUUUAACUCAAUGGAAAAUGGAUAAAGUUACACUAAUGGACAGUUUUGGAAAAAUGUCUUCGGUUUGCAAGAAAAAUCUAGUCCUGGACUCUGGAGUACCUGUGACACUUCCACUGUAUCCUGGGGAGUGUAACCUGCCACUUGAUUCGGAGGAGCCCAAAGAGGCGGAAGAUAGAAUGCAGGAUUUAAGUAAAAAUUCGAGCGUGCCAAAAGAAGGCGACUUUAAACCCACGCCAGUAGUUAAAAUCGGUUUGGAAGACAACUUCAACAAAGAAAGACGAAAGCCUAGCUUAUCUGUUCAAGACGCUUUAGGUUUGUUGAACUUACCAUGGAGAAGCGACAAAGAAAACAACAUAGAAGAAUUGGAAACUGAAUCGAGUCGUGCCUUUAACACUCGUAUAGUAAAAACUGCUAAGGAGACAGAUAAUGAAGAAAUCAGGGAAAUUGUGGAACCAAUACUGAAACCUCAAUCAACCAAAAAUGCACGAUCCCACAAUCCAGACAAAGAAAAACCUGAAAUCACCGAACCGAUAUUAGGACCUACCACUUCUAAAACCUUCGCCGGCUUCAAACUCGAUCCGGUUGUCAAAAAUGAUUUCCUAACGAAAAUCACUAAGCAAAGCAAAGAACUGAACUACAACUUCUACGACAGAGACUCAGACGAAUGGAUACCAUCAGUGCCAAGACUCAUGGAUAACAAAAGGAAACGGGAAGAUGAGACCAAAGUAUUUGCAGGCUUUGACAUAACCACUGAAGGCAAUCCUCUUGAAGCUUUUGUCUCCACCGUUCAAUUCCUGCCUCAGAGGUUAGCUAGAAUGUUUGAACAAGCUGAAAAGUACGCACGAGACACAAUUUUACCUUUGGUUAGUACUUAUACUCCUAAGUUCAUAACAGAGAUUAUUAAUCCGAAGGAACAGAAGUAUGUGCCUUUGUUGUAUGACGAACCCACUACGCCUUUGGUGAAACAGAAGAUUAAAUUAAAUCUUCCUCCAGGAAUGAAAUUGGAAAAUGAUGAACUUGAUAAGGACGCAACAACUCCUUAUACUCACAUACAAAAGAUAAAGAGAAAAACUGAUAUGACAAUCAUUGUUCCUCCCAUACCGAAGGAAAAGAUCAUUCCGAUUUCUAUGGAACCCUCUAGUAGUACCACAACGAGGACUACUAGUACCACUACUACCACGACAACAUCCACCACAACGGCAAAAGUCACCACGACAAAAAAGAUUGUCAAGAAGGAAGAGAAGGUGGAAGUGAAGCCGGAACCAAAAGCUCAAGCUUUGAUUAGUGGAGAAGUAACCAGCAGAAAAGCGAGAGAUGAAGUGCAUGUAAUUAAAAAUGUGGAAAAAACGACUGAAAAAGCCACAACCACAACAAAAAAAACAAAAGCCAUUUAUAUUGAUUUACCAGUUUUCAUCGAGCCAGAAUCAAAAUACAUACCUUUAAAUUAUAAAGGAAAUUAAUCUAAAUUAUUUUAGUAAAUUAUUUAUUCCAUUGUAUAUAGGUCUGUUAAUUUUAAAUUGUUGUUAAUUUUUUAGGUUUCUACAUACAAUAAAUUAAAUAAAUUAAAAA